AUGUCGCGGAGGGCGCCUAAUCCUGCGGCGGAACGUGCUGCCCAGAACACACAGACGAUUAAGAAUCUGCUGAAGUUAGAAGGGAACAAGACCUGCGCGGACUGCAAGAGAAAUAAACAUCCAAGAUGGGCAAGUUGGAAUUUGGGCAUAUUUGUUUGCAUAAGAUGCUCCGGCAUUCACCGAGGAAUGGGCACGCAUAUCAGCAGAGUCAAAUCAGUGGACCUCGACGCCUGGACGGAUGAACAAUUACAAAGCGUGUUAAAAUGGGGGAACUCGAGAGCGAACAAAUACUGGGAGGCAAAGCUGGCACCUGGACACGUACCGUCAGAGGCAAAAAUUGAGAACUUCAUUAGAACCAAAUAUGAGUCGAAGAGAUGGGUUAUGGAUGGGCCAAUACCAGAUCCGUCAACUUUGGACGCCGAAGGGGACGAUGAUGUGCCACUCAGUUUGGUAAAGGAGAAGCAUGCCAUCGAGCGUUCAGCCUCAACCAGGGCUUCUUCUGGACCAUCAGGGCCGUCGCAGAUUCGACGAGAGCCGCAGCCGGAUCUCUUUGCAGAGGAUAUCGCUCCUCCAAGGGCAAAUUCUGCUGCGCCAGCACGCCCGAGACCUGGGCCUCCGCCGAAGUCUGAACCUGCUCCACCAAAGCAAACGAAACCUGCGGACUCCCUGCUCGGUUUGGACUUCUUUGGAACAGAGGCUCCUCCGCCGAAUCGACCAUCGAGUGCCGCCGCAACUGCAGCAGCUCCUGGGGCCCAAUCACGGCCAGAUCUAAAACAAUCUAUCUUAUCACUUUACGCCUCAGCCCCUCGACCUCAACCUCAGCAGCAACCAUCCCACGGAAGCUCAGGGUCGUUUGGUGGCAUGCAACCUCCCAUGCAGCAAUCGCCCCCGCCUCAACAGACUAACUUUGGAGGAAUGAAUGAUGCUUUCAGCAACCUGAGCUUCUCUAAUCCCAGUUCACCAGGAGUACAGGCCCAACCCCAACCCUCCGCAUUUUCGAGUCUGGGCAAUAUUACGAACCAUCAACGCGCACCAUCCCAGGCCUCCACACCUGGCACCUUGACUGGAGGAAGCUUCUUUGAUACCAAACCAGUUAGCAAACCCCCACAACAACCAUCCCAGCCAUCCCGGACUCUCAGCUCUUCCAGUGGCUUUGGCGCUUUCGACUCGGCCCCGGGCAUGUCUUCAGGGGCUCAAGGUGCUGUGAGCGCCAGCUCUGGCUUAGGCGACCUCUUUGAUUUCUCCGAACCUGCCUCACAGCCUGCCGCCCCGAAGCCAGCCACUGCCGCACCAACUUCGACCCAGCCAUCAGUCUUUAAUCUUUCACAGCCAGUGCCUCAACCCGCGCCUCAACCCCAGGCUGCAAUGGCGCCGAUGAGCGGCUGGUCAAAUAAUGAUGCAUGGGGAUCUAAUGACGCUUGGAGCGGAACGAACACUAGCCCUACAGUCACUAAAGUGGCAACUCCACUGGCUAGUCCCAACAGCUUUAAUUGGGGAUCUGGCGGGGCUUCUUUAGCCAACCAGAGCAUUGUACCCGGAGGUGGAGGGGGGUUUAAUCCGGCAAGUACAGGGCCACCAAAGGUCAGUGUGGAUGAGGAUUUUGGGGGCUGGAGCAGUGCCGCACCAGUUACGCCAGGAGUUGGUGCAACUGCAGCGAAGCCUGCUCCUGGAUUUGCGGCCAGUGAAGAUUUGUUCUCGAAUGUAUGGGAGUAA